AUGCCCGGUCUGGAGCUUCACCUUGUCGCUGUGGAGCCGGGUUUGUUGAGGGGUCUUCAACAAAGGGCAGCGUCUCUGCCACCUCCAUAUGAGGCGGUGGCCACUGGCUGCGACUCUCCCAUGUGCCGCGGUUCAACAACCGCUGCAGCAUUUCCACUGCUCAUGGCAACGACAGAGGAAGACCCACCUUCGUACGAGGAGGCACUACUUCUCAUUCGUGGUGGCUCUGGACCCUCUCCUGCUACAACAAAAACGUUGCCAGAGGUGACGUCAUCGCCACCAUCGUCGCAGUCUCCUGCAUCAGCACCUGUUACGGUGAUUGCAGUUCAGGAGGACUUGCCCGACCGGUAGCAGUUGUUCGAGUGCAACCCAUCGGUUGACAACGUUCUGGUGGCUAGAUCUGCUUUGUGGCAUGUGACCCCGUAAUGAAUGAGUCCUGUGCUCGGUCAUUGUCAUUCGGUGGUUACGCUUGCUUUUUAUAUUGCUGUGAUGAUGACUUAACGACUCGACUUACAGCAUCGUCGAUUUGAUUCCGCAUUUGGUUGCAGCAAUGCGGAGCUCGUUGGCAGGUGCCUUGUUGCAGAGUGAACAAAAAGAACUAAAAGAUUUGUGAUGUGUUUAGAGUGAGUGUGAUUUAAAGUGAGACUUAUGGGGGAUCGUUAAACGAUGGUGAAUGUGUUUCAGUGCUUUAGGUAUAUUAGAUAGGGACAGCUAUAGGCUUAGCUGUGGGAGGAAAUGUGCAUUUAUUAAGAGUUCUGUUCUUCACCCACUGAUGCUGAUUAGCUGUCUGGUUAAGAAUGCUCGGUGCACACUAGGAUCUUGUAUGUAAACAUAUUUUCUUUGUAAUUGCCAACUAAUGUAUUUUUGGUCAUGAUACGUUGAUCGUGGAAAUAGAUUGACUAUCUACGUCUUGGCCUUCAUGGGGACUAACAACGUCUCGUUCUAACCAGCUUGAAUGGCACGGGAUAUAACUUCUGCCUAUACAGAUGUUCACACAGUUUGCCUUCAGCUCUGUCAUAUCACCAUGAUCUGCCUGCGUUGCUGCACAAUUAGAGUAUUCUCAGGGAACUUACUUCCUGAUCAACGGCAGCCCACAACGUUGACCACCACUGUCAUUUCUCGGAAGUCUUUUCUGUGUCAUUUCUCUGAGGAUGGAGUAUGUUGAUGUCUGAAAGGGUUCGAUCCCAACACAAUCAAACAUUCAUGGCUCCCUCGAAAACUGUCUGCAUACUCAUCAUAUCUUCAAGUUGACUUAUUAUUGUGUCGGUGUGACUGAAAUCUCACAGUAGUUGUUUUUUUUAAG